AAUAGUGUCAGUGGGCUCCUCUCUACCAAAUAUAGGUUAUCCAAACACUCCGGCUCGCUCCCUCUCUCCCCGGGUUGUACCAUCGCAGGCGGGGAGUGAGCGGGAACUUGUGCGCCGGGAGCCGGAGAUGAAUACUUCAUCCCCUGACCCACAUAAUGGCGAUAUAUGAGUCUCGGUGAAGCGCUCCCCGCUGCAGCGGCGGCUCUCCGCGUCUCGACUCCCAUCUUCCUCCGCCCGGAUCCGACUCGCCUCUCCUCUCCUCGCCUCUGCUCUGCUCUGCUCUCCCUCUCUCCAUCUCGCUUUCCAAAAGGCAGAGAGGAGGGAGGAACGGAGGAGACUCCUGCCGAGGAAAGGGCGACGGAAACGGAAAAAGUAAAGAAGGGAUCAAGGCUCACCAGGGCUGGAUUGAACCUGAAGGGCCCAGCAGGCUGAGAUGACAGAGCGUCCAGGCAGCCUGAAGUUCCUCUGACUCCUCAGCAGAAACCUUCAACAGAACCUGAGGUCCAGCUUCUCCCCCUCCUGCUUCCUCCACCCCACCGUUUCCUGAACCCCUCCUCUGGUUCCGGGUCAUGGCGCUCCCCAGUGCCAACGAGUUCCACUGGCAGAGCCUGGCGCGUCUGCCCUGCGGCCGCGUCUACCACUCUCUGUCUGAGGUGGGGGGGCAGAUGUACAUGCUGGGGGGCUGCGACGCUGCGGGGCGGCCGUGCCCCGGACUGGACCUGUACUCUCCUGAGGGGGACCGCUGGAUAGGCUUGGCCCCGAUGCCCACCCCCCGCGCAGGCGCGGCCGUGGCCGUGCUGGGGAAGCAGAUCCUGGUGGUGGGCGGAGUGGGAGAAGACCAGCGCCCUCUGAAGGUGGUGGAGAUGUACAACACGGAGGAAGGCAGGUGGAGGAAGAGGAGCGCGCUGCGGGAGGCCCUGAUGGGCGUGUCCAUCACUGUGAAAGAUAGCCGUGCUCUGGCUGUUGGAGGAAUGGCCGCUGACCUGCUCCCUCGCAGCGUCCUGCAGCAGUACGACCUCAGAAAGGACGUCUGGGCGCUACUUCCUCCCAUGCCGACUCCUCGCUACGACGCCAACUGCCACCUGCUGGGCAACAAGCUUUAUGUUGCAGGUGGUCGCCAGUGUAAGCGACCAGUGAAAGCUUUUGAGGUGUACGACACAGAAGCACGCUCCUGGACCUCGCUGCCUGUUUUGCCGUGUAAGCGCACCUACGGGGGUGUGGUGUGGGACUCUGCUGGGAGGCUGUGUCUGCUGGGAGGAUUACGGCAAGGCGGAGGACACCAAAGCUCCAAGUUCACCAAGAACGUCAAUAUUUUUGAUACCAAUCAAGGCGCCUGGCUGAAGUCCGAGGAGACGGUGGCGUUGAAAACUAAGAGAGCAGACUUUGCUGCCGCCUUCUUGCGCGGCAGGAUGGUGGCUGCAGGCGGACUCGGUCACGAACCCUCGGCGUUGGACACGGUGGAGGCGUUUAACCCUCAGAAAAAGAAGUGGGAACGUUUGGCUCCCAUGAACUUCCCCAGAUGCUCCGCCUCUUCCAUUGUCAUCAGAGAUCGCCUCCUGGUGGUGGGAGGAGUUAACCAGGUUCCCAGCUCGGCCCAUGAGAUCCUCUACGUUAAAGAAGAAGAGUGUCUGUAGCGCGGUGCGACCGACGGCAGGUGAUUGCUGCGGAAUUCCGCCUCUUUCCUCACUCAGACUCCAGUGCACAGAAAGCAGCAUGCGAUGUAAGAGGUAACACUGCCCCCUGCUGGAAGUAGCUGAGCAGCGCGUCUGAGCGCACAAUGGAGCGCCUGACUCCAUCUUUGGAUGGAGAUUUAAUGCCUGUAAAAGUGGAAUUCUUCUGGAAGUUUCUGC